UGAGCGAACUCGGCCUUCUUGCCGCUGAUCAACUCAAUGCGCUUGAGAGCCUCAGCGGAGGAGUUGUAGAGGUUGUCAGCGACGACGACCUUGUAGCCAGCCUCGAGGAGAGCGAGGGUGGUGAAAGAGCCAAUGUAGCCCGUUCCACUGUUUGGGGGAAGAAUUGCGGGGUCAGCGGGUGUGAUGGAGGGACAAAGGCAUUGAUGGGAAGCUUACCCGGUGACAAGAACUGAUCCAGCAGGCAUGAUGAUGGUGUAUGAUUAGGAUAAAGGAUGAGAGGGAAAGAUAGAGUCGGAGGUAAAGAGGAAGAGAGAGAGAGAGAGAGAGAGAGAGAGAGAGAGAGAGAAGAUGAAGAGGGAAUUGGAAAGAAGAUGAAACGGAAAGGUAAGAUGGCGCAAACGGAGAUUUGGGGGGGAAGAAAGUCGGGCGGCGGGGACGGGAUAUUUAAGGGGCGGCCGCAAUUGGUAGCUUCCAAUGGAGUCACAAGUACUUACUCCGUAGUAAUAUUCAGGUACAGAGUGAACAAGUUACUGUUUGCCUCUUCUACUGCCUUUUCUGUCUGCCUUCCUCACUCUUCUUCUCUAACAACCCCCUUUUGCGAUAUUCCCAUAUUACCAUAUUCCCACCUGCUGAUCAACCAAGACAGUCUACGUAAACGGCCCUCAACCACGGGACGAUCCAUAUUAAUUCUCUCCCCCCCGCCAUUAUUAUCCCACAUCCCACCACCACCACAUCACACCAUUUACUUUGCUCAUAGUACUUUGUAUUCCUGUAUGUCUUAUGUAUCAGUAUCACAGCUGCAGAUGCAUGCAUAUAUGCAACAAUACUGCAUAACAGUCGGAGUAAAGUUCAGGCCACAAUAAAAGAAAAAAGAAGUACUGACUUACGGAGUUUUUCUACCCCUCCAGACCAGAUCCAGCCAUGUGCAUACUGCAUAUCCAUAAUAAUAAUAAUAUUACCUUGUUUGAUCAUCAUCUUAUUCUAUUAGCAGUAAGUGUACUUUC